AAGAUGGCGGUGGUGCGGCUUCCCGACGGCACGCUGUGGGUGCACUCGCCCGUGGAGCUCGAUUCGGCGCUGCGCGAUGCGCUGGCCGCCCUCGGGCCAGUACGCCACGUGGUGACGCCCAACACGGAGCAUCAGAAAUACGCCUCCGACUGGCUGCGCGAGUACCCGGAGGCGACCGGCUACUCGUGCCCGGGGCUGCGCGAG